AAAGGGAAUCCGCCGAAAUCCGUUUGAGUCCGUUACCGAUCGCAUUGUUAACAGUUGCGCCGGGUGUCGUGUUUCGGUGCUUGUCGACGUGUCCGCGUUUGAGAUGGUCUAGUACUGUAAACCGCAAGUUGCCGAGCACGUCUCAAGUAACAAAUAAUAAUGAAGAGAACAAAACCGAGCGCUAAAAGUGCCAGAAAACACACAAGCACGCAGACCGAUGAUUUCGACAGUCUCAUAGCAUUUGCCAAGUUGGAGGAACAAGUGAGAGUAUUGCAGCUCGAGAAUAAUGUUUUAAGACACCAUGUGGAAGCUUCUAACAAGCCUGACGAUGUUGCACGUCAUAAGGCUAUGAAUGUCACUCCAUGGGCAACUACAGUCAGCGUUGAAAAAUCUAAUUGCGGUUGCAAGGGAUCCUGCUCGUCGCGGAUUUGUGGUUGCGUGAAAAAGAAUAACAAAUGCAACUCGUCAUGUAAAUGUGACGAAAACAUAUGCCAGAAUAAGAAGUUGGAAAACGAAGAAAACAAAGAAAAUGUUAACAGAAUUGAUGCUACUCCUAAAAGACAAAUCAAAAAGAAAGGGGAAGAGAGACCUAAGAACAAUGUGGGCCUAUUCAGUCCAAAUGUGACAGAGAUUGACAAAAAUUUUGAAGAAACUCAACUUAGUGAUGUCCAAUUUAGUUUCCGUGAAAGCAACACAGUUAUCCAAAACUCACAGACAAAUACACAGAUCAACAAUGUGGAACUCAAGAAAAACAGGAAGCAGAGGAGAGAGGAGAAUAACGAACAGCGAGAUUUCAUAGAAAAUGUACCGUUUAAUCCAAUGAAACCAAGACAUCAAUUGUCACGAACACCACCGAAGAAACUUCAGAAAUCACCAGAGGUUGAAAACGCGAUUCAGUCUCAAUCACAGCCUCAACCACAUUCAGCUGAAUCAAUUGAAAAAGUGGUGAUGUCUACCCCAGAAGUUAAAGAAGAAAAAAUCGAUUGGGAGGAGCACACUGCGCAAUUAAUUUCCUGUAAAAAAUGCAAGAGAAAGUUCAUACCCAACCGGAUCCAGAAACAUGAGGCUUGCUGUAAAAAAAUCUAAAUAUUAACUUGAUCCACAGAAAUUAUUUGGACAUUUUUUUAUAUGUUAACUUUAUAUAUUACUUUUUUAAGUUUAUCUCAAUUUUAUAUUAAUGACAAGAGUAUCUUGAUGAAAUUGUGUUUCUAACAGACAUUAUGUUGUAUACUAAUUGCAUUUACCGUCAUAAUUACAUUCUUGUACAUAAAUUUAAAUUGAUUUGUUAUUCUUGCGGAGAAUCAUGUUUUAGCAAAAAAUUUAUUAAAUAUAUGAGAACAAUAUAUGAGCAA